AAUAAGACGUAUCAACAGGUACCAGUCAUCUUGACGACAACAACGCUUCAAAAUGGCGGCAAAAGCAACAACAAUCAAGGAAGGCUUGGCCAAAUGGGCUGAAAAGAGUGAAUGUAAGGCAGAAGAAGCAAAGAUUGUCAAACUGUUGGGUCAGGUUCCACCAAUAGAAAAGAUGGAUGCCUCUCUGUCCACGCUAUCAUGCUGCGAACAGCUGUCAAUUUCAACAAAUACAAUUGAAAAGAUUGCCAAUCUGAAUGGUUUAAAACAUCUGAAAAUUUUGUCAUUAGGAAGAAACAGUAUAAAGUCGUUAACAGGACUGGAAGCUGUAGGGGACACUUUGGAACAGUUAUGGAUCUCAUAUAAUUUGAUUGAAAAAUUGAAAGGCAUCAACGUUCUUAAAAAACUAAAGGUUUUAUACAUGUCAAACAACAGUGUUAAAGAUAUGGCUGAAUUUUCAAAAUUGGCUGAUUUACCAUGCCUUGAGGAACUUGUAUUCACAGGUAAUCCUCUAGAAGAGAGAUUGACCGCCGAAGGAACUUACAGAACUGAUGUGGCUAAUAAACUUCCAAAGUUGAAAAAAUUAGAUGGUGUGCCAGUAAUCAGAGAAGAAGAUGAUGAAGAUUAAAGAAUUAUUUUAUCUGAUUGAACUUGUCAUUGAAAACAUAAUGUGCCUAUUUUUAUCAAAAGAAAAAAAUCAGCACUCAGAUCCUUUGAAUCUAUAUAUGUUGAAAUUGUGGGGAAUUCACACUGAUCAUCAUACAGGAUGUCAUAAAAAAUAAAGUUUGGACUAGCUGACAGGAUGACUUCUGAAUAUAUCAUGUGACAUUUAGACAUUUAGGAUGAAGAAAUAAUUGGGGAUUUUUAUACCAUUGCCUAUAAUGGAUUUCUUUACAGUUGCAAGUGUUGUUUUUUUGACAGGCAAACUAUGUUAUAUUAUGUUAUUUUAUAAAUGCAUUUGAAACACAAAAGAACAUUAAUUCAAUUACUAUUAUGCUUCUUUCCUGCUGAUAAUUGUUAAUAAUUAUUCAGAUAUAGUUAAAGAUGUUAUCAUUAUUCAGUUAUUUUUUCAAUAUUUACUAUUCUAUUUUUAUUUUAUAAGUUUUUAUAUGAAUCUGUCCUGUAAUAACAAAUUGUGAAAUCCUACAACGGUUGACUAAAUAAACGACUUCAGAUAAGUUAACACUUGAAAGUCAAUAAGUAAAGACAUCCAUUUUAUGAGAUUUAUUAUUACCAGAGAAUUUUUCCUUAGUAAUUUCCUGUUAAAUAUUAUGUUCAAAUAUUUUAUGUAUAACAAAUUUAAGAUUUUCAAGUCGAAUUAUGAAUAUUAUAUUAUUAUUCAUAAGUAUGUAAACAAAUUCUGUGUACCUCAUAAAGGAGCAGUUUCAGGAUUUCUAAUUUUCUUGUAUUGAUAUUUAUUUGUUGACGAUAAAGAAUAAAAACAUUCCAUCUAUUA